UAAACCUUAGCUGCUUUACGGGUUCAUUUUCUUCUUACUCUCACGGUCUCACCCAUCUCUGCCAGAGUGAGAGCAGCGAAAUUCGAAGCUUCGAGCUCAAAAAAAUGGAAUCGCCAAUUGCCUCUCUGGAGAACCGACCCGCCAUCUUCGUCAUUGGAUCCUCCAACGUCGGCAAACGAACCAUCCUUUCACGGUUGCUCUCUGUUGAUAGUGAAGAUGCUUUUGAUUCAGCUUCUGAAGUAAAUGUACAUGGAUGGACUAUCAACACUAAGUACUAUACUGCUGAUGUUUCUGUGUGGAUGGCUCAUCUUCGUGAUGAUUUUUCUGUCCGGAACCUGCCCGUGUUUCAACAGGCAGCAGCACUGGUGAUGGUUUUUGACAUGAAUAAUCCAUCUUCUCUAACUGCUCUCCAAGAUUGGGUAUCUGGCACUGAUAUUCAAAACUUUGAGAUAUUAUUAUGCAUUGGAAACAAAGUGGACCUCCUUCCAGGUCAUCCAGUUCAUGCUGAAUACAGAAGACGGUUACUGAAACUUGAAGACUCUGCUAUUGAUCCUUAUUCGGAGCUCCCUGAGUAUGGAAUAUCUGAAUCUGAAGGAACUAGUUUACUGGGAGAUGAAGAACCAUCAUGGGAUAUCAGAAGGUCCUGCUUAGAAUGGUGCACCGAACACAAUAUUGAAUUCAUUGAGGCUUGUGCUUCUAAUGCUGAUUUUGACAAAUGUUUGUCUAUAGAUGGUGAUUUACAAGGAGUUGAACGUCUCUAUGGUGCUCUUUCUGCUCAUAUGUGGCCUGGAAUGGUAUUGAAAUCUGGUGAUAGGAUAAGUCAACCAUCAUUUCCUACAAAAGAGGAGUUAUCAUCAGAAGAAUCUGAUUAUGAACAAGAAUAUGAAGUUCUGUCGGCUGGUUCAGCUGAUCCUUGGGAUGGAAUUGAACAAGCAUGGGUAUCCGCGACUUCUUUGGAAGCUGGGGGAUUGGUUCCUCAAAACAAUACAAAUACAGAUUGUGAAUACAAGAAUGAAAUUAAAUCUGAUAAAGAUGUCCCACCCACAACAUCAAGUACUGGGUCUGAAGGCGAGGAUAACAAGAACUUCUCACACAGCAUCAUGCAUUCUGAAGAUGAGGAUAAAUGUCUUGAGUUAGACGAUUUGGAACAGUUGAUGUCCGAGAUUGGGAACAUGCGUGCAGGUUUAAGGUUGAUGCCUGAUUUCCAAAGGAGAGACAUGGCUGCGAAGCUUGCUAUGAAAAUGGCUUCCUUAUUUGGGGGUGAGAGUGAUGAAGAGGAAACUUAGUUCAUAUUAGAUGUUGACUCUACAUAAUUCAGUUAUAAGUUUAACAGAACCAUCAAUGCAUGUCUUUCAUGGUACUUAUUUUGAGCAUUACUCGGAAGAUAUGCUACCUCUCAAACCUCUUCCACAAGGAUUGGGUCCUUCUUCAUGCUACUCUUGGUAGCUCCUGCACAUGGUUAAAAUAUUAUGAUGUGGCCAUGUUCAUGGUACUUAACAUGAAUAUAGUGUUGUGUGGAUAGCUUGAGCACAUUCUGCAGUUCUGUAAGCUGAAUAGUUGAUUGAAAAAUACUCACUAGUCAAAAUGCUUUGGUGAUUAGUUGUUUUUCAAAAACUAGAUGAGUUUCUUUACCUCUCUUUAUGACUUUCUUUUUUUAACAUAUGAACUGUGCUGCAUAGAUUACCUCAUUUCUUUCAGAAACAAUUGUCACAUAGAUGGCAGCAUAUUUUAGUGGUUGGAAGAAGUUAUGGUGGUUAAAAAGAAAAAAUUGCUCC